UCUUUCAGGUGAGUGGGUGUUUUCCUGCAUGUGGACAGUGCCAUUAUAUAAGCAACACGAACAGCAAGGAGCCAGCACACGUUCCCAGACUUGGCUGGUAGUCAUGAACGUUAAAGUUGCCUGUGUACUCGCUGUCUGCCUGUUGGCUUUAGCCAUCACCUCUACUCAAGCAGGGAUCCCAAGAUGCUGUGUGAAAACCGCAAAAUUCAUCCCACGACGUUUGCUGUUGAAGGUUCACAAAUGGAAUGUGCAGCUCAGCAGCGGUGCCUGUGAUAUCUCUGCACUGGUGCUGCAUGUGAGGGGUAUGACGGCGCCUAUCUGUGCUGAUCCCAAGAUAAAACGACACCUGAGGAUGCUUCAGUGGAAGAUGAAGCAGGACAAGGAAUCUUACUGAGAUGUGGAAUAGAAAGUCUUCCCACACUUCAUACAUUAAGAUGUAUACCAUGUUUUCACCCGGGGGUUUCUGUUUUCUUUUCUUUUGAUGCAAGUGUAUAAUGUGUGGAGCAGUGUUACUGUGUUAUAUGUGCAGAAUACACAGAUUAAGUUCUGAAAAACACCUGGUUUUGCACAAUCAGUGGUCAAACAAAUCUGGAGAGGUGAUGGGGGGUGCUUCCAGGGGUACUAUUGUAAACAUUCUGUAUGCACUGGUUGUUUUGUGACUAUACAUCAGAAAACUUAUGAGCCUGAGAUGAUCUGCUGAGCCCAAGGGAGACACCAGAGCUUAUGCAGAUGCAGAAUUUGUAAUGAAUUUGUUCCUACAUCAUCUUUCACUUCAGCUGUUGUCGUCAUCACAUGACAUGUAAAGUGCCUCAGUAAUUUUUUUUAAUUCUGCAGUUCAUGCAUGGUUCAAAUUCCAGGGUGUAUUGAGGAGGUCUGAUCCCACAAAUUAAGACUUGAACCUCCACCCACCAAAACUGAU